GUAAUGUGAUGUCACGUGACAGUUGCGUGCUUAUGACGUCAGUAGGAACACGGGAAAGAACAAAAUGGAGGAGUACGCAAGGGAGCCGUGUCCGUGGAGGAUAGUGGAUGACUGUGGUGGUGCCUUCACCAUGGGCGCCAUCGGGGGAGGAAUCUUCCAGGCCGUGAAGGGUUUCAGAAACGCUCCUUCUGGCAUGAACCACCGGCUGAGGGGAAGCAUGACAGCCAUCAGGACUAGAGCACCACAGCUAGGAGGGAGCUUUGCGGUGUGGGGAGGCCUGUUCUCCACUAUUGACUGUGGGCUGGUUCACGUUCGCGGUAAAGAGGACCCCUGGAACUCAAUCACAAGCGGAGCACUGACCGGAGCCAUCCUCGCCGCUCGGAAUGGUCCCGUUGCCAUGGUGGGCUCUGCAGCGAUGGGCGGCAUCCUGUUGGCCCUAAUCGAGGGAGCCGGAAUCCUACUCACACGCUUCGCAUCUUCACAGUUCCCCACAGGUCCUCAGUUUGCAGAGGAGCCCGCCCCUGCGGCGCCCUCCUUUGGUGACUACCGGCAGUACCAGUGACACCUCUCACCCCCUACCCCCUCCCCCUGUAGGCUUUUUUUUUAUUCCAUGAACUCGUGAUCGACUGGCACCCCCUUCCCCCAGCAUCACAUCACCACAGCAACCCACCAACCCUGGGUGCAGCGUUUGCCUCCGCCGAGUCGUUUGACGAGUCCACAAGUUACGAAGAAUCUUCUAGAAAACGAAUUAUGGGACUGGGACUAGAGAAAAACACACACAUGCCCACAAACAAGCAGAUACACACAUUUCUUUUCAAAUGAGAUCUAAAUCUACCCUGCCUUCUCUGCCUUGGUGUGUAUCAGUGCAUGUUGUUGCCCCUCGUAUCGUAUCGCAUCGUAUCGUAUCAGCAGACGUACCGUAUAUCCUUCACAGGACCAAGCCUCUCCGCCUUGGGUCUGCCCACCCGUCAGUGAAUUCAGUUCAGUGUGUUUGAGUUGGUAUAAAUGUGUCUGAAGUAGACAAACACACAAACGCACGUACACACUUGCAGGCAGGCAUGCAGUGUGUGUGUGUGUGUGUGUGUGUGUGUGUUCUGUACAUAAAGGCUGUUUGCAUUUGUGACAUGCACUGUGCGUGUGUGUGUGUGUGUGUGUGUGUGUGUGUGUGUGUGUGUGUGUGUGUGUGUGUGUGUGUGUGUGUGUGUGUGUGUGUGUUGAAAGCCAUUGAGUAAAUUCUAGCUGUCCCUCCUGCUGAAGAAGGACAGAGUAAAGACAAGACCGCAGCAGUGAGUAUCGCCCCCUAUUGAGCAGGAGUAGACAGCAACAGUGAUGGUAAGAAUCACCUGCCCCCGUAUCGCAAUGCUGGGCAGUAUUUAUAUAUUUUUGAAGAGAGAUAUUGAAGAGAAGGGAGAUGACCAGAAGGGUAUACUAAGAACAUGGUUACGUGAUGAAGCAGGCUUAGGUACCAUACAGGAAGUGGUAAACCUUCUAAUAGAUAUACCUGCAGGCAUCAUUUAGUUAAAAAAAAUAGGACUCCAGGCCCUUCUAUCAGAUGAUUUCCCUCUACCACAAGGUUAACUUAACCCGGUUCAGUCCUGAACCAGCUUCUUAGUAUACCCCCUCUGUUCCACAUCGGAUUGUAUGCAGUACUGCUGUCUGACUGGGCUGUUCCCCAGUGUGUCAGAUGGGGUGGAAAAGUUCUUAAUGUUGGAUUCUAUGUACAAUAGUACUCUAAACUGACCCGGGCUGCGUUUCCCAAAAACUCUUUAAGUAGUACUAUAAGUAUGAGGUGCCCCUUUGAGAAUAAAUCCUAAAUGGGUGUCACAUCACUAAAGGUUUAUACAUGAACUGUUUUACCUCUAGGGUAAUCUCAAACCUGAGAAAAAAAUAUUGUAUGUAGAACUGUAGAGUUAUUGUAUGUAUAAACCUUCUGCGAUGUGAUGCAUCACUGAGGCGGCACCUCAUACUUCAGAGUUUUUUGGCAACGCGGCCUUGUUCAGCAUGGCUUGAGGCCGUCUGUGGUACAGGAAUCCCCUCUGUCCUGUUCAGGCUGUUAUGAAGUGUAGUGUGCGUUGACUCCACUGCUGCAGCAACUCCUAUUCCUAGUGGGCUGGAUCUGAGCCGAGCUGACAGAAGGGUUCACAUGUUGCAAACUGGAUUCUGUUGUUGAGUCUGAUACAGACUAGAGACUAUAAAUAAAAACUCAUCUUCUGACAACA